UUGCAGCGCCAUCGUGCGUUUUGUCUGGUUUUGUUUUCUGUGGUGAUUUGCUCGUGCACAACUUAACCUACAGUGUGUUGACUUCACCCCAGGAAUCUCAGCGUCCGGUGACAGAAGUUGUCGAAGAUACAGCAAAAAAUAAAUAACUGGCUUUUCAAUCACUCGAUAUGGCCGAGUGUGAGAGAGAGGCCCGAAAGUUACACAAUAACAGAAACGAAAGUGAAACCCUUUCCUCUGAAUCAGAUCACUUUCUGUUCUGACAGAGGAACCAAACGCCAAACUCCACUGAAAGAAAAUGGCUCAGGCUGAUAUUGACGAGGGAUUAUAUUCUCGACAGCUGUACGUGAUUGACCAUGAUGCAAUGCGUCGCAUGGGAAAGGCUGAUGUCCUCAUUGCUGGAAUGCGAGGUCUUGGUGUGGAGAUUGCCAAGAAUGUGAUCCUGGCAGGAGUUCGAUCUGUCACCAUUCAGGAUGAGGGUGUGGUGCAGUGGAGAGAUCUGUCCUCUCAGUUUUACCUCAAGGAAGCUGAUCUGGGUCAGAACAGGGCUUUGUGCUCUGAGAAGCAGCUCUCUAGUCUGAAUGUCUACGUUCGAGUGUCUGCCUGGACUAACAAACUCGAUGAGGACUUCCUCAGUAAGUUCCAAGUGGUGGUGCUCACAAAUUCACCUUUAGAAGAGCAGCUACAUGUGGGAGCGUUUUGUCAUUCGAACAAUAUAAAGUUUAUUGUGGCUGACACCAGAGGGCUUUGUGGGCAGCUGUUUUGUGAUUUUGGCGAAUCAUUUGAGGUCAGAGACACAAAUGGAGAAACUCCAGUAUCAGCCAUGAUCGCUCAUAUCAGCAAGGACAAUCCAGGCAUAGUGACAUGCACAGAUGAGGAAAGCCACGAGUUCACCGAUGGCAUGUUUGUGAAUUUCUCUGAGAUUCAAGGCAUGACUGAACUCAAUAGUUAUGGCCCCAUUGAGAUCAAAGUGAGAGACAGCUACUCCUUCAGUAUUUGUGACACUUCAAACUUUUCGGAGUAUGUGAAGGGUGGAGUGGUAACUGAAGUGAAACAGUCUGAAAUCCUCAGCUUUAAACCUCUGAAUGUGGCUCUGGAUGAAGCGAUCAGAGAUCCUGGGCUUGUGGAGAUGACAGACUAUGGCAAGACACAAAGACACCUGUCUCUGCAUCUGGCCUUCCAGGCCCUGCAUAGAUUCACUCAGAAAUACAGCCGGGCACCCCAUCCUAGAUCUCAGGCUGGUGCUGAAGAGCUGGUUGCUAUCACAAAAGAGCUUUGCAAAGAUGCAAAGUUUGAUGAGCUUGAUGAAGACGCGGUAAGGCAGUUAUCUCUGGUUGCCAGCGGUGACCUGGCCCCUGUCAGUGCCUUCAUUGGUGGUCUGGCUGCUCAGGAGGUGGUGAAGGCGUGCAGUGGUAAAUUCACUCCUCUCAGACAGUGGCUGUACUUUGAUGCCCUGGAAUGCCUACCUCAGGAGAACGACGGAGUCCUUUCUGAAGACGCCUGUGCUCCUGUGAGCUACAAGCCGAGAGACAGCCGAUAUGAUUCUCGGAGAUUAAUAAUUGAAUAUUUAUUAAAUUCUCAUCAAAAUGUCUUUGUCUACGAUCAGGUUGGAGCUGGAGCAAUUGGUUGUGAGCUGCUGAAGAACUUUGCUCUGAUUGGUCUGGGUGCGGGAGAGGGCGGGAACAUCACGGUGACUGACAUGGACUCUAUUGAGCGAUCAAAUCUGAAUCGACAGUUUCUUUUCCACUCUAAGGACAUUGGGAGACUGAAGUCUGAGGUGGCGGCAGAGUCUGUUAAAGAAAUGAACCCUUACAUGAACAUCACCGCUCACCAGAAUCGUGUGUGUCCUGAGACAGAGGAGGUCUACACACAUUCAUUUUACAGCAACCUUGAUGGUGUGGCAGCCGCGCUGGAUAAUGUGGAUGCACGAGUCUAUCUCGAUCAAUGCUGUGUGCGAAACAAAAAGCCUAUGCUGGAGGGAGGAACCCUGGGUAGUAAAGGCCACACUUUGGUGGUGGUACCACAUCUGACUGAAUCAUACGGACCCUCCACAUCUGGAGGACAGAAAGCCAUUCCUAUCUGCACACUCAAGAACUUCCCUCACCGUAUAGAGCACACGCUACAGUGGGCCAGAGACCAGUUUGAGGGACUUUUCAAACAAACGGCAGAGAAUGUGAACAACUUUCUCAGUGACCCAACAUUUGUUGAUCGCACAGUCGCGCGUGGGGAUGUGGAGGCUGUGGAAAUACUGGAGGGUGUCUAUAGGAUUCUGGGUGAGGAAUGGCCUCAGAACUGGGCUGACUGUGUCAGCUGGGCCCGCAGACAGUGGGAAACGCUCUACAACAAUCAGAUUAAACAACUGCUACACUGCUUUCCUCGUGACCAGGUAACAAGCUCUGGACUUCCGUUCUGGAUGGGCGCAAAGAGAUGUCCAGAUCCUUUGACCUUUGACACCAACAAUACCACCCAUAUGGACUUCAUUGUGGCAGCGGCCAAUUUAUACGGGCAGAUCUAUGGGAUCACAGGCUCAAGAAAUCGCGCCGAUAUUCAGAGCAUUCUGCAGGGAGUAAAAGUGCCCGAGUUCACACCUAAAUCUAGUGUAAAGAUAGCAGUGACCGACCAGGAGCUGAAAGAGGAAAACGAGGAGAGAAAAGAAGAAGACAAAGUCAAGCUGGAGAUGUUAAAGGAGAAGCUGUCCAAACUCCAGCUGAAGGACCAAAGCUUCCGGAUGCAUCCACAGGAGUUUGAGAAGGAUGAUGACAGUAAUUUCCACAUGGACUACAUAGUCGCAACAUCCAACCUGAGGGCAGAGAACUACAAUAUACCAACAGCCGACCGCCACAAAAGCAAGUUAAUUGCUGGCCGUAUCAUUCCAGCAAUCGCCACAACAACAGCUGCGAUCGCCGGUCUGAUGUGUUUGGAGCUCUAUAAACUUGUCCAGGGUCACCAGAAAAUCACAUCCUACCGCAACGCAUAUAUAAACCUGGCCACCCAAUACUUUGUCCUCUCACAGCCUUGUGUGGCCCCGACAUACACAGUCGCAGGGCAGCGGUACUCUCUCUGGGACGACUUCCUGGUGCAGGGCCGGCGUGAGGGUCAAAAGGAAAUGACCUUGGAGGAACUGCUGAAACACAUUAAGGAAAACCAUAAGUUGAGCAUCACUGGCUUGUAUUAUGGUACUGCUGUACUGUACAGUGAUCUCUCGGAUCAUACUGAUCGCCUGAAGCUAAGCAUAACUGAUUUGGUGCGCACUGCAACUAAGCGUGAGAUUCCAGAUCACCAGCAGAUGUUGGAGAUCAUUCCCUCAUUUGAAGAGGAUGAGGACUGCCAGACCGUCCCGCCCAUCAGAUACCUGCUCAUGUGAUGCUGGAGACCAGAGCCUUACGUUUACGAACGAAUUAUCACCUUAAUAAGAUGUCAUUGAUUCUAGACUUAUAUGCAGAACAGUCAUAAAAUCAUGUGAAUUUGAACACUGCAAAAAAUAAUAAACAUGGAACUGUAGAUUUAAGUUGAUUCUUAAAACAAAUAAAAAACAUUGCCUACAAAACAAAAUAAACGAUCUUAAAUACAUUCUGGUAAGACGUUACAAAAAGGUCUCUUUUAACAUUCACGUAUUAAUUACACUGGUAAAAAAAAGGAAAGAAAAAGAAUCAGUAAGAAAUGUUUAGCAAAUUUCACAUAAUUCCAAAGAAACAGCAAGUAAUUGUGAAUUAAACAUUAAAAACUGAAAUUGUAUUUUCUUGUAA